CACACGAAAACAAAGCAAAAUGGAGUCAUAAUUUCUUGUUUUUUGUAUAAAAUUGGAUGCAUUUUUUCUGAAGAAAUUGAAGAGAAAAAAAUGGCUAGUAGCUGUAGUUGUACAUGUUCUUAUUAUAGACCUAUAAUUUCUGCAAAAAAAUCAGAUGUUGUUAAUCGUUUUUUAUCACAAUUGAUGAUCUAUGGAGAUCGUAGAGUAAAGAAAAUACCCAGAAUUUGUGUUGUAAGAGCAUCAGCAGUUGAUAGUUCAUCUCACUUUGUUGAACGCAUCGAGAAGGCAUGGUUGAUUUCUAAGCAACCUAGGCCAAUUAUAUGCUCUACUUGUGACUCAAAUGGCCUUGUGGAUUGCAACUGGUGUGGUGGUACUGGUUUCUUUAUACUAGGCGACAAUAUGCUCUGUCAAGUGCCCUCUCGCAAUACAAGCUGUGUCAUCUGCACUGGAAAGGGUUCUGUAUGCUGCACCGACUGUAAAGGAACAGGUCACCGUGCAAAGUGGUUGGGAGAGCCUCCUAUUCCCAAGCCUCCUGUUACCGAAGAGUAACUUCUCCACUGAUUUCUUGAAAUUUUAAUCAAGUUCUUGAUCCUUGGACAGGAUCAAUGUUCAGAAUGCAUCUUGAUACUUGUAUUCAUUGUUGAAAAUAAUAUUUCUUUCUCAGUUGUACAAUUGUUACAUUAGUUU